CUUUAGGUAGCCCCGCAUCUCCGCGGCUGCUCAGUGGGGCCGCGGUGGAAGGACCAGCCUGCAGCCCCUGGCCGGGACCGAGCUAAACCGGCGAUGAGCCUGUCGGGCCGCCUGCUGCUGUGGCUCGGAGCCGCGGGCGCCGUCCUCUGUUUCAGCUCGGGGUCCCAAGCGCCUUUUCAGGCAUCUUCCCCGCGGCCCCUGUUCAUCCCCAGCGCCCAGGACUCCAGAGUCACCACCCGAGCUGGCAGCUUGGCGCCAGCUUCUCUGAACGUCCCAGGCUCCGAGGGGCCGUGGCUGUUCUCCACCUGCGGGGCCAGCGGCCGGCGCGGGCCCACACAGGCGCAAUGUGACGGGGCGUACGCGGGCAGCAGCGUGGCGGUGACGGUGGGCUCCGCGGGGCCGCUGCGAGGCGUGCAGCAGUGGUGGGCACCCAGUCCUGGGCAGUAUCUGAUCUCCGCUUACGGAGCUGCGGGCGGCAAAGGCGCCAAGAACCACCUGUCGCGAGCCCACGGCGUCUUCGUCUCGGCCGUCUUCUCCUUGGGCCGCGGGCAGCCGCUUUACAUCCUCGUGGGACAGCAGGGAGAGGACGCCUGUCCCGGAGUAAGCGGUGCCAGGGUGCGGUGGGGAGGGCAGAGCCGUUGUGAGUGCGUGCUGCGUAUCUUUCCCUGGUGCGUGGACGCCAAGUCCAGCCCACCCCGGUGUGCCUGGGGUCGGCAGGGGAGCCCGGAGAGCCAGCGCGUCUGCCUCGGAGAGUCCUGGGCGGCUGAAGAGCAAGAGACGAAGGAUGGAACCGGAGCGGUCCCGGGAUCGCGGCGCUGGGCUGGGGGCGGCGGGGGCGGCGGGGGCGGCACCUACGUCUUCCAGAUGCGCGAGGGUGAGCUGGAGCCGCUGCUGGUGGCGGCCGGAGGCGGCGGCCGGGCCUACCUGAGGCGGCGGGACCUCCACUGGCCUGAGGCUGCCCCGGAGAAGCUGGAGAACCGCUCGGCGGCGCCCGGGAGCGGCGGCAGAGGCGGGGCGGCAGGUGGAGGCGGCGGCUGGACUUCUCGGGCCGCCUCACUGCAGGCUGGCCGCUCGCUGCGGGAGGGGGCUGAGGGUGGCCAGGGCUGCACCGAAGCCUGGGCUGCGCUCGGCUGGGCCGCAGCUGGCGGCUUUGGCGGCGGCGGCGGGGCCUGCACUUCAGGAGGAGGUGGCGGCGGCUACCGGGGGGGUGAUGCUUCCGAGACUGAUGCCCUCUGGGCCGAUGGGGAAGAUGGGGUGUCCUUCAUACAUCCCAGCAGUGAGCUCUACCUGCAGCCGCUGGCAGUCAUGGAGAGCCAUGGAGAGGUGGAGAUCCGAAGGCACCUCAACUGCAGCCAUUGCCCAGUGAGAGACUGCCGGUGGCAGGCUGAGCUCAGCCUGGCCCAGUGCUUAUGCCCGGAGGGCAUGGAGCUGGCGGUGGACAACAUCACCUGUGUGGACCUGCCAGCACCCCCGGGUCCUCUGGUGCUGAUGGUGGCUGUGUUGGCGACCUUGACCCUGAGCCUCCUCAUGGUGUGUGGGGUCCUGAUUCUAGUGAACCAGAAGAGGUGGCAGGGCCUGUGGGGGACGCGGCUGCCAGGCCCUGAGCUCGAGCUGAGCAAGCUCCGGACGGCUGCCGUCAGGACAGCCCCCAAUCCCUAUUACUGCCAGGUGGGGCUCGGCCUGGCCCAGUCCUGGCCUCUGCCUCCGGGGCUCACCGAGAUCUCCCCAGCCAAUGUCACUCUGCUCAGAGCCCUGGGCCAUGGUGCCUUUGGGGAGGUAUACGAGGGAUUGGUAAUUGGCCUUCCUGGGGACUCCAACCCCCUGCAGGUGGCUAUCAAGACCCUGCCGGAACUAUGCUCACGUCAGGAUGAACUGGAUUUCCUCAUGGAGGCGCUAAUCAUCAGCAAGUUCAGCCAUCGGAACAUUGUGCGCUGUGUGGGCCUCAGCCUGCGAGCUGCCCCACGCCUCAUUCUGCUGGAGCUGAUGUCCGGUGGUGACAUGAAGAGUUUCCUGAGGCACAGCCGGCCACACCUGGGCCAGCCGUCACCUCUGGUCAUGCAGGACCUGCUACAGCUGGCCCAGGACAUAGCGCAGGGCUGCCACUACCUUGAGGAGAAUCACUUCAUCCACAGGGACAUUGCUGCCCGGAAUUGCCUGCUGAGCUGUACUGGGCCCAGUCGAGUGGCCAAGAUUGGGGACUUCGGGAUGGCAAGAGACAUCUACCGGGCCAGUUAUUACCGCAAAGGGGGCCGGGCCUUGCUCCCCGUCAAGUGGAUGCCCCCAGAGGCCUUCUUGGAGGGCAUCUUCACUCCCAAGACAGACUCCUGGUCCUUUGGGGUGCUGCUCUGGGAGAUCUUCUCCCUAGGGUACAUGCCCUACCCUGGGCGUACCAACCAGGAGGUGCUGGACUUCGUUGUGGCAGGAGGCCGCAUGGACCCUCCCAGGGGCUGUCCGGGGCCCGUGUACCGCAUCAUGACCCAGUGCUGGCAGCACCAGCCUGCACUCCGCCCAAGCUUUGCCAGCAUCCUGGAGCGGCUUCAGUACUGCAUGCAGGACCCCGAUGUGCUGAAUGCACCUCUGCCCGUGGAGCUGGGGCCCACACUGGAGGAGGAAGGAGCCCCUGGGCUGGACCCCGGGCCUCUGGGGGGACCAAGACCCCUCCAACCUCGGGAACUGGGUGCCGAGAACAUGACAGGCUGGGCAGGGCAGCCUCUUGGUCACUGGCUGGACUCUGGCCUCAAACCCCUCCAAUCCCGGGGCCUGCAGCCACACAGCCUUUGGAAUCCCACCUAUGGCUCCUGGGCCCCAAAGGAGCAGGAGGGUGAGGACUAAGUCACUUGGGUGCUGACUCCUGGCUCCUCCUACACCCCCCAGCCCAAGCUUCUAGGGGGUUGCCUCCCAUCUCCUCAGCAGCUGGUGUUCCCUGUGGCCAGUCUCAGGAUGACCCAGGGUCUGCUGGAAGCCAUCCUCAACACCACUUCCAGCCUCCUCUCCCCUUACCUUGUCUGAGGGGGUGGUCCUUCAUCAGGUCUGCAGGUGUCUCUAAUAAAAAGCCCUUGUGGCACCCUGA